CGGUGCCCACCGAGCGGCGCCGGCUCAGUGGCCGCUCAGGGGAGGCGGCCCUGCCGGCUUGGCCCGCCCCCCGCCGCGCAUCUUUCUGAUCCCGGCCGGAGCCCGUACCCACCGGCGGCCGUUGUGGCGCUGCGUCACCGCGGUGCGUGGCCAACCAGCGGCCGAGGGACACAAACGAACCGCAGGGCAGCGCUGCGCGCCGCGGCCCCCGCCCGCGCUCCGGACCCUGAUAGCGCCCGCCCGGGGGCAGCGACCCGACCGCGCUCCUCGCCUCUGCCUGCCGCCGCCACCACCCGAGACAGUGUCCCGCGGGGGGCGCCCGCCCUUCGCUCCCACCUGCUGCGCCUUCUACCCGCGGACAGCUAAUAAUUAAAAAGAAGCCAGCUCAGUAGAAUUUCCAGUGUGUCAAUGGCAUCUACUGUAAUCAGCUCAGUUCCUACCACUGCAUCUCGUUUUGCUUUACUACAAGUUGAAAGUGAUACUGAUUCAGAGCCUGGAAAAGGAAGAAGUGGCCGAGGUGCCGGUAAAUCUCAGGCUGCAGGGGGAAGAUCAUCUACAAAUGAGAAAAAAAGAAAGAAAAGGAGAAAAAGGAGAGAACAGCUACAGAGUGAGGCAAAUGAGCUCAGAAACCUUGCUUUUAAAAAGCUUCCUCAGAAAUCCUCACAUGGAGGCUAUUUAUCUCAGCAUGAACAAAAACUGCACACUACAAUGCAGAAGGACUUUCAGGAAGAAAAGUGGCAGGAGUGGAGACAAAAAGAUGAGCAGCUGACAUCUGAAAUGUUUGAAGCUGAUCUUGAAAAAGCACUGUUGCUAAGCAAACUGGAGUAUGAAGAGCACAAAAAGGAAUAUGAAAAAGUUGAAAAUACUUCACCUCAGUCAAAGUAUGUGAAUAAGAAAGAGAAAAAGAACCAGAAAGGAAAAGACAAACCUCUCACUGUGUCUCUGAAAGACUUCCAGUCAGACAGUAAUGUAGAUAACUCUGCUAAAAAACAUGAGGAACUGAACUCUUCCCAUUCUUCGUCACAUGAUAAAGGAUUUUUCAACAGGCUGGAAGAUGACGUUCACAGAAUACUUGAAAGAGAGAAAAGGAGAGUUCAGCUUACUGAUUGCAAUGAAACAGAUAACUGCACAUCUCAGGAACACAACCAGGAGAGUGUUUCGAAAGGUGAACAAACAGAACAACUAAAGCUUGAGCUUGAAAAGAAAGAUACGGAAAUUGAGAAACUGAAAAAUACAAUAACUCAGUGGGAGGCAAAGUAUAAAGAACUACAAGCAAGAAAUGCACAGCUUCUGAAGAUGAUGCAAGAAGGUGAAAUGAAAGACAAAGCAGAAAUACUUUUACAGGUUGAUGAAUCUCAAAUUAUCAAAAAUGAAUUGACUGUACAGGUAACUGUGCUUCAUGCCGCAUUAGAGCAAGAAAAAUCCAAAGUGAAACAAUUGCAGGCAGAAUUAACAAAAUAUCAGAGUGGAAAAAAAGGGAAAAAGAACUCGGAAUCUGACCAGUGUAGGUGAUCUUCUCUGCCACCAGAGUCAAAGCAAAGAAAGCAUCAAUUCUUUCUUCAGGGUUUUGCAGAAAUUUAUAUAUUUGUUGUACAACUGCUCUACUAUGCAGUUUUUGAGGAGAAAUUAACUAUUAGUAGUUUGUUUAACUGUCUGAAUAACUGAUUUGCUGCACUUUCUGCUACAGAAAAAUUAGAAAAUUAGUAUUCCAGCAGAGUUGAAACUAACUGUACUGCCAUUAGUUUUUCAUCAUUCAAUAAAUUUUAUUAUUCCA